AUGGCAUCCCACUUCAAGGUGUCAUCUGUCAUCGGUCAAGUUGAGCAUCAUCUUCUCAACAACUCGAAAUUUGAUAUCAUCACAAUGAUAUGGAUGGCUGAUAAAUAUCGAAUGCAACGUCUUUUGGACAAGUCUAUCAGUCUGGUGGAUUCCAAAAAGAAAGCUGAAGACGUUAAGAGUUCUCCAGAAUUUCCCAAAUUGUCCAGUGAUACAAAAGGAAGACUUUUCGAGAGACUCGUCCUUCUUCUCUAG